AUUAACCUUCCUUUCUGAUCAAAAUCUAAGCUUAAUCUCAUCUCAGAAACCUUCCUUCUAAUCCAAGGAACCUAAAUAAACCUAUUCCAAAACCCUAAAACAGAGCUUCGAGUGAAGAGAUGGUGAUGAUGGGUCUUUUUAAACCUACUCCAUUUAACAAAAGAAGAAGAAGGUUAAGCUUCAUAUGAACAAUCCAAGUACCGACUGGAAGAUGCAGAUGAAAAAUGAGAACAACGCAGUUAUGAGUCAAACCAAAGUGAGAAAAGAUGAGAAGCUUCUUCUGCAGAAAAAGGAAAGCAAAAGAAACCUAAUCGAAAUCCUGAUGGGAUCAAUCGUGAAGCCAAUGAUUGGAGAUAACUUAACAACAAUAGGAUCAAACAUUGCUGGUCUAUUCUUCAUCAUGGAAACUCUUAGGAGAUACUUCCCUAGACAGCUCAAGAACACGAUCCAAGAGCUUCUCGUCAACGCAAUCCAACGGAUACCCUUUUUCAAGAAGUGUUCUGACAAGACUCUUGCCUUCUUCUCACCUUACGCUCAGAUCGGGUUCAGAGAAAUCGAGGAGUAUAAAUAUAACUACGCUUACUCUGCCAUCAAGACCUACCUUGGUGCACAAGUUAACUCUCAAGUUAAGAAUCUCAAGGGUAGCCAGAUGAGGGGGAGAAAGUCUUUGGAUUUCAAACGUGACGAUGAUAAGGUUGAGGAUGAGUUUGAGGGUGUGAAGAUUUUGUGGGAGGUGCUAAAAUCCACAGACGGUGUUAAAAUGUGUAGGCUUACUUUCCAUAGAAGUAACUGGGAGAUUGUGACCGGUUCUUACUUGACAUAUGUUGUGGAAGAAGGUAAGUCCAUUGAAGAAAAGAAGAAGAAGGUUAAGCUCUUUAUGAACAAUCCAAGUCCUAACUGGAAGAUGCAGACGAUGAAUCUAUGGAGUAGCAUUGACUUUGAGCAUCCAGCAACGUUUGACACAAUGGCUAUGGAUCCUAAGAAGAAAGAUGAGAUUAUAAGUGAUCUUUUAGGGUUUAGCAACGGUGAAGAGUAUUAUAAAAAAAUUGGGAAAGCUUGGAAGAGGGGUUAUUUGCUGCAUGGUCCUCCAGGGACAGGCAAGUCCACUAUGAUAGCAGCUAUGGCGAAUCUAAUGAGUUAUAGUAUCUAUGAUCUUGAGCUAACUUCGAUAGGAAACAACUGGGAGCUCAAGAAGUUGUUGCUUGCGACGAGUAGUAAGUCAAUCAUUGUGAUUGAGGAUAUAGACUGUUCCUUGGACCUCACGGGAGAGAGGGAAGUUAAAGAAGAGGAGAGCAGUGCAGAGAUUAAGAAAGAGAAGAAGAAGAAAGAAGAUGAGAGCAGUGCAGAGAAAAAUAAAGAGAAGAAGAAGAAAGAAGAUGAGAGCAGUGCAGAGAAGAAGAAGAAUGCAGUUACACUCUCUGGCUUAUUGAACUUUAUAGAUGGGCUUUGGUCGGCUUGUGGACAAGAGAGGAUACUUGUGUUCACAACGAACCACUUGGGGAAACUUGACCAAGCUUUGAUCAGAAGAGGUCGGAUGGAUAUGCAUAUAGAGUUGUCUUAUUGCAGAUUUGAAGCGUUCAAGAUUCUUGCUAAGAACUAUCUGAAUCUUGAUUCACAUGUCUUGUUUCGUAAGAUUGAGAGUUUGCUGGAAGAGACGAAUAUAACACCGGCUGAUGUUGCGGAGAACUUGAUGGUGAAAGAUGGUGAGUGUGAUGUUGAUGGAUCACUCAAGCGCUUGAUCCUAGUUUUGGAAGAGAUGAAGUUGAACCAGAACUCAAAUGAACAACAGAAGGAUGUUGUUAACCAAGUUUAAGUACUUGAACCAAUUGUUAUUAGUGUUUUAUUACGUUUUUAGUCUCAAUUUCUAGCUUCUAAAACCAAACUUAUGGAAUUAAAUAUCGGCUAUGAAAUUAGUGUCUAUGUUUUAGUUCACAUCUUUCACUGAAUAAAAC